AUGAUUGCAGGUGCGAAAGGCGCACAUUUUUGGGAUGCCGAUGGCAACGACUAUAUCGAUUAUCUGAUGGGCUAUGGACCCAUGAUCCUUGGGCAUGCCUAUCCGACUGUGAUUGAUACGGUCACGAAAUAUCUCGUUGAACGGGGUAAUGUUUAUAAUUUCGGACAUACCCUUGAGGUAGAACUCGCCGAAAAGCUGAUUCAGAUUAUCCCAUCGGCUGAUAGAGUCGCUUACUUCGUUGGCGGAUCGGACGCAACAACUGGAGCGAUUAAGUUCGCUCGCGCGUAUAACGGUAGAGAAAAGGUGAUUCGAUCGGGUUAUCACGGCUGGCACGAUUGGUGUAGCCACGCCCGCGGACACCUAUCAGGUGCUGCUGCCGCCACACUCAGCGUCGAUUUCAAUGAUCUCGAAGGGCUUGCCGACCUCUUUAAAGCACACCCUGACGAGAUUGCGUGUCUAAUUAUGGAACCUUCUGGACAAGACCUUCCCCAAGACGGUUAUCUCGAAGAGGCAAAGGCGCUCGUCAAUGCCAACGGUGCAUUGAUGAUUUUCGACGAGGUCAAAACGGGGUUCCGUUACGCUUUGGGCGGUGCACAGGAAUACUUCGGGGUUACCCCCGACAUGUCCGUUUUCGGAAAAGCACUCGCCAACGGGUUCGCGACAGCUGUCGUUGUCGGGCAAAAAGAGAUAAUGGAUGAAGUUAGCGAUGUCUGGGUAGCCGCAACCUUCCACGGAGAAGUAUCGCUCGUCGCUGCUGCAAUGGCCACAAUCGAAGAACUCGAGACGAAGGACGGUGUCGCCUUUAUGUGGAACAGGGACAGAAAUUGUUGGAUGGUUACCGGGAAAUGA